GGAAAAUUGCGGAAAUCCAGUUUCAUUUCCUAGCGGAGGAAGACGGCCUCAAUUUCUAUCCCUCCUCUUCCGCUUCUUCCCCUCGCGUCCGCCCUCCCAUCUUCCAUCCCUUCGAUCGCCAUCUUUGCAUCGUCGUCGACUGAUCGCGACCCUAGCCCUCGCCAGUUCCUCUUCCGUCUUUGAGCUCCCGAUCUGUUCGUCGCCGCUUCCCUUUGCCGCCUCGAUGCGGCGUCGGAACUGAGGUGAUGGUACCGGAUUCAUCCGGGGCUGGUCGCCGCGCUGUCGGCUUGACGAAUUCGAGAACUGCUGACGUGGUCCGUGAUCUCGGCGCUGCACCGGGUUCUAGGUUCAGGUCGUUGGCGCGCGGAUGACGGUGGCCCGGUGGGGCUGAUCGGUAGGGCUUCUAUGGCGGAGGCUGAUUCCAGUAACGUGGGGGCGGAUGGAUCUCGCUGCACUCCGUCCGGGGCUUCUCUGACUUGGAAUCCUCUUUGGAGCGCUUUCCGCCCGUAUGUUUCUCCUGCCCAGUCAUCCGGGGAGUACUCGCCAGAAUCCCGCGGAAGUGACACCAACAACCUUCGGAAGAUCGUCAAAAAAUCCCUUGUACCAAAAGUGACCAAGGGUAUAGUUGAAACUUUCCAAGCAUGCAAUCCAGCCUUUAGAUAUUCAGAGUCACUGAAUCCAAAACGAUUCCUAACCAAUCCAUCCACUGGAGUACUGAAUGAUGGUUUUGACAAUGCCAAUUCAGAUCUCAUCUUGUAUGUGAACUUUGAGCUGGUCAACUCAGAAACAAAAGGAAGGUACAUCGUCAAAGAUGCCCUUGGCCAAGGGACCUUUGGACAGGUUGCCAAAUGCUGGGAUCUGGAAUCUAACAAAUAUGUUGCUGUGAAGAUAAUUAAGAACCAACCUGCUUACUAUCAGCAGGCAGUGGUUGAGUUCUCUAUUCUGGACAUGUUAAAUAAGAAGUAUGAUCCUGAUGAUAAACAUCACAUAGUCCGGAUCCUUGAUUAUUUUGUAUUUCAUCGACACUUGUGCAUAUCCUUUGAAAUGCUUGGCUCAAAUCUGUAUGAACUAAUCAAAAUGAACCACUUCAAAGGUUUGCCUUUGAACAUUGUGCAGGCGUUCUCAAAGCAGAUCUUGCAUGCAUUGGUUGUCAUGAAAGAUGCUGGUAUAAUUCAUUGUGAUAUGAAGCCAGAAAACAUACUCAUUUCUACAAGACUGAAGCCACCGCAAAUAAAAGUUAUUGAUUUUGGAUCAGCCUGUGUGGAAGGUCGCACAGUCUACUCUUACAUACAGAGCCGCUACUAUAGGUCUCCUGAAGUUCUUCUUGGUUAUCCAUAUACGACUUCAAUUGAUAUGUGGUCAUUUGGAUGCAUUGUUGCUGAGUUAUUUCUUGGCUUGCCUUUGUUUCCUGGAGCCUCUGAAUACGAUCUCCUUAACCGGAUGACAGAGAUACUUGGCGGACAACCACCUGAUAGUUUGCUUAGGGAUGCAAAAAAUACUAGCAAAUUUUUUAAGCAUGUUGGUAGUAUUCAUCGUUCAGAGCAUGAUGGGACCUCCAAGGGAAUCAUUAGUGCUUAUCGUAUUCUGACUGAGGAUGAAUAUGAAUCAAGAGAGUCAAAAAAACCAGCCAUUGGAAAGCACUACUUUAAUUAUGUAAAGUUGGAUGAUAUUGUUGCCAACUAUCCAUACAGAAAAAAUUUGUCAGAGAAGGAGAAGUCAAAAGAAAGCUUAACCCGCUUAGCUUUGGUUGAUUUCUUGAGGGGUCUUGUUGAAUUUGACCCUGGAAAACGGUGGUCUCCUUUGCAGGCUUCAGGUCAUCCAUUUGUCACUGGAGACCCAUUCGAACUUCCUUAUAAACCACCCCCUGAGUCUCCAAGAAUUCCAGUCAUGCCUACUACUGUAACUGUGGAUCACAAUCCAGGAGGUGGUCAUUGGCUAGCUGCUGGUCUUUCGCCUCAGGUUUCAAGUGUUAACAAAUAUUUAUCACAAAGCCCUCACUUUCACAAGGUGCCUAUGUCUUAUGGAAGCAGUUAUGGAAGCUUUGGGAGCCAUGGUAGCUAUAAUGAUAAUACAGGUCUAGAAAGCAAUUAUGGAAGCUAUGGUGACAUUAACACUGUUCACGCCUACAAUUCACCACUUGGUCCAUCUGGGUUCAACAUGCAUGUACAAGUUGGAGGACCAUUUCUUGGAGCCAGUCCAGAUGCCAGACAGAGAUCUCAGCUAUCUCAUGGAAAUGGGUACAGUGUUAGCCCUUAUGGAGGUCUGGGACCAAUGUCUCUUGGAGUAAGUCCCUCUCAGUUUACUCCUCCAAGUUCUCAGAUGCAGAUUUCAUCAGCUUCACCUGGAAAAUAUGGUCCAACAUCACCAGUUAGAGGUGGUACUCGGGGUGUCUCAUUGGGCAAAGCAGCUGUUGUUGGUCAGUAUAAUAAAAGAAGUGUGGGCUACCCCACUAUGUGUAUGCAGUCUUAUGGAAGCGCAUCAGAGCAUGGGCAAGGAUUUUGUAGUGAUGGCAUGACCUCUAACUAUUCAGAGGCUCAGUCUCCAGGGCAUGUUGGUUCUCAUAUUGCAAUUUUAGUUGGCAGUCAUUCUAACUGGAGGCAACAGAUGGGAAGAGCAAAUGGCUCUUGUAGUCUUACUUCUGCCAAUCUGAAAGGUUAUCCCGCAUCUUACAUGCAUAACUCCUCCACGCCUUCUUCUCACAGAUCAGAAGUUUCAUUUGAUAAAAUAGAAGUAAGUAGUUCAUCAGUGCCUCAUCCUGGAGAAUGGGACCCUGGAUACAGUGAUGAAUCCCUUUUAGAAGAGGAUAACAUAGACAGCAGCUCACUUAGAACUGAAUUUGCGAAUUGCACGCGCCUUGAUGACCGAUCAGAUGUUGCCAGUCUUGCAUGCGAGAAUAACAGAUAUAGCCUUGGUCAUAAUCAAGCUCGUGUAAGUUCAAACUUCGUACCAUCAAACCAAAGAACAGAUGGACUUCGUCAGGCAUAUUCAUUGGCUGAGGGCCCUUCUACCUCUCAUGAUACACGUGGUGGAAAUGGACGUCCACAAUUUUCACAGAACCUUCCUAGUCGAUUUGGACAGCAAUCUAUUCAUCGGUAUAAUUAUAUGAACCCGACCAUUAUGCAUAGUGAAAGAAACCAUCAACAUGGCCAGCCAGCUCAUUUAACUUACAACAUAACAGAUUCUCAUUCUUCCACCAAUGCUACGUUCAGCAAUAGCAUGUCAUGGGGGCGGAGGGGUGGACAUCCAAUGACAACAACCCUACCAAUGGCUCAUUCAAGAAAGGACUACGGAAAUAUUUAAGCCUUCCAAAUGGGAUACUUAUUAGUUGGUAGCACCAAAAUAUUGCUUGCAGUCGCUUUGCUUAUGUUGUUUCUGACUGUCAUUAAUUGGGCUGUUGAUACAUUGUUCUUUCACUUAAUGUUGUCAUUUUGGUAACUUUAUAUCAUCUUUGAUGGAUUUCGAAAAUCUCAACCUCAA